UUUGUGGGUGGGAAUUUUUUUUAGCUACCGUCCAUCUUUAGAGUACAGCCAGGUUAACGAAAAGAAAACAAAAUUAGGAAGUAAAGAAGACUGGGAAAUUAGUCUUGGUUCUAAUUGAAAGAGACAAACGAAAAACCCAACCCCUAGACGGUAUGAAGACAUUGUCGUAGUGAAGCCAUGGCUGACAAAAGAAAACUUCAAGGUGAAAUAGACAGAUGUUUAAAAAAGGUAGCUGAAGGUGUAGAACAGUUUGAAGACAUAUGGCAAAAGCUUCACAAUGCAGCCAAUGCCAACCAGAAGGAAAAAUAUGAGGCAGACCUUAAAAAAGAGAUUAAGAAGUUACAGCGAUUGAGGGAUCAGAUAAAAACAUGGGUGGCAUCAAACGAGAUCAAAGACAAAAGGCAGCUAGUAGAGAAUCGCAAGCUCAUAGAGACGCAAAUGGAGCGGUUUAAGGUGGUAGAGCGGGAGACAAAGACGAAGGCCUACUCUAAAGAAGGCCUGGGGCUCGCCCAGAAAGUGGACCCCGCUCAGAGGGAAAAGGAAGAGAUGGGAAACUGGCUAACGAAUACAAUAGACACACUCAACAUGCAGGUGGACCAGUUUGAGAGUGAGGUGGAAUCGCUCUCUAUUCAAACCAGAAAAAAGAAAGGCGACAAAGAGAAGCAGGAUCGCAUUGAGGAGCUGAAGAGGUUUAUAGAAAGGCAUAGGUACCACAUUCGCAUGCUGGAGACGAUCCUACGCAUGCUGGACAACGACUCGGUGCAGGUGGACUCCAUCCAGAAAAUCAAAGAUGACGUGGAGUACUACAUUGAGUCAUCCCAGGAUCCGGACUUUGAAGAGAACGAGUUCCUUUACGACGACCUGGAUCUGGAGGACAUCCGUGAGUCCAUGGACAGCCAGGAGCUCGAUGACGAGUCCUGGGAUGCUCAUGAUGAUGAUGCUCAUGCUAUCAGCUCUGCUGUGCUUGUUGCCACCUCCCCGACAGGUCAGGGCAACAUAGAAGACGAAAUGUUCCUCCACUCGAGCAGCACUCCCACCUCCACCACCUCCUCUUCUCCCAUCCCUCCGUCGCCGGCCACCGGCACAGCUGAAAACUCUGAGGACGAUAAAAAGAGGGGACGGUCGACAGACAGUGAAAUAAGUCAGUCUCCUGUGAAGAACGGCACCCCCUCCCUGUUGUCGUCCUUCUCCUCGUCCACCACCUCCGGGUCGUCGUCGUCCUCUUCCAUCGUCUCCAUGGCCAACGUUGUGGGAGGCGCCCCUGUUGCUGCCGCCAACAACAGUCUGGUUGGGAGCUUCAGCAGUGCGGUGCAGCAGCAUCAGCAUCCACCUCCUCAGCAGCCGGUCCAGCAGCCACAGCAACAACCACAGCAGAGCCAAACCAAACCCUCCCUACCCUCCAGCAGCACCCCGAGUCCCCCCAGCCACCCCCUCCUCUCCGCCCCCUCUGUCCCCACGCCCGUCACGCCCAGUUCAACUGCCCCCAACUCCCUGCCCCAGGCCUCGUCGGGGCACACCUCCAGCUUAGGGCUUGGGUUGGGCCUUGGUCUAGGUAAGGUCGGCAUGAUGGGCACCAGCUGUGCCAAUUCUAUGUCUGGUCUGGGCCUGGCUGGCAUGUCAGCGCCCCUAAACACCAUGGCGAGCCUCAUCUCUGGGUCCACCUCGGCCCCCUAUGCCCAGGCAGCUGCGUUGGGUGGCCUGGGCCUGAACAACACCACCCAGUCCAGUGUCCCAGUGGAGAACCCCUCCACCCCUACAUCUGGCUCUAGUGGCGCCACCACCAACGGGGCUGGGACGGGCCUGGGCCUCCUGGGGUCCAGCCCGCCACAUUGCCCCCUAACCGGGGGCAUGCUAGGCCUGGGGCCUGGGCAGAGCAUGGCCCCAGGACCUCAGGUCCCAGUCAGCCCGGUCAGCGCGGUCCCUGGAGGGUCGGUUGGAAUGAUGGGAGGAAACGGAGGAAGCAUGGGGCUAAUCGGUGGAGGAGUUGGGAAUGCUGGCCCUACCAGACCGCCUAGUGGACUCAAGCAGAAUGGAAGCACUAGUUACAGUGCCGUGGUGGCAGAGAGCACAGUAGAGUCUGCCAUCAACACACCCAGCCAAUCACACAGCAGCCAGCCUUCAUCGAUGACCUCCUCUGCUAGUCAGCCUAUGGACAAUGGUCCCAGCCUCAUCAGCUCCAUAACGUUGCCCCCCAGUUCUCCGUCGCCUUCGUUUUCAGACAGUAACCCUGGUGAUGGGAGCCUCCUCAACGGUCCUCACUCCUACACACAGGCCUCCGAAGGCCUCAAGCUUCCUACAGACAUCCGUCAGAUACUGAUGGAGACCAGAGUGACGGCGCAGGCCGCAGAGCCGCCAGGGGCCAUGGCAACAGCCACUAACACACGAAAAAGAAAGCAGUGUCAGGCCCCAGAGCCUCUAAGUUCUCUGAAGGCGAUGGCUGAGAGAGCUGCUCUAGGAUCAGGACUGGAUGGUGAGAUCCCCAACCUGCAUCUUACAGACAGAGACAUCUUCUCCAGUUCCUCGGCGGCUCCCGGCCCCCCCGCGCCCCCCCAGCCCUCCCUGUCGGAGGUGAGCAUCCCCCCAUCCUUGGGGGUGUGUCCCCUGGGCCCCACGCCCCUUUCUAAGGACCAGGUAUACCAGCAGGCCAUGCAAGAGUCGGCCUGGACACACAUGCCACAUCCAUCAGACUCUGAGAGGAUCAGGCAAUACCUGAUGAGGAAUCCAUGCCCCACCCUGCCCUUCCACCAUCAGAUGCCCCCGCACCACUCAGACUCUAUAGAGUUCUACCAGAGGCUGUCCACAGAGACUCUGUUCUUCAUCUUCUACUACCUGGAGGGCACUAAAGCUCAGUACCUGUCAGCAAAGGCACUUAAGAAGCAGUCUUGGAGGUUCCACACCAAGUACAUGAUGUGGUUCCAGAGGCAUGAAGAACCCAAGACCAUCACUGAUGAGUUUGAACAGGGCACUUACAUCUACUUUGACUAUGAGAAGUGGGGCCAGAGAAAGAAGGAGGGGUUCACCUUUGAGUACAGGUACCUGGAGGACCGAGACCUGCAGUGACUGAUGGGUGAAGGAGGACCAGGAGAGACGUGUGCUGCUGUUGACAUUCCCAGAUGAACUCCAUGCUGUGGAUAGAGAUCGUGAUGUGUAGUAGAACCCUGCUCCUAAGACGGAGGGUGGCGUCUGUAUAGGUUGCGUCUCAAAUGGCACCCCGUAUAGUCUGCCACUUCUGCCCAGAGCCCUCGUAGUGCACUGCAGUAUGUGGGGAGUAGUACACUUCUGUGUAGCCGGGGCUCUGGGCAGCAGUAGUGUACUAUGGGGGUAGUAGGGUGUCAUUAGAGGUCUGUUCCUGUCUGUGUGAGCACUCAGUAUGUGGCAUUACAUUAGGAAGCUCCCCAUGCAUGUUCCCCCUGUUGUUUUUUUUUUUUCUUCUUCUGUUUGAACAUAAGUGACACUGUACCCCCACCUCCAACUGGAUUAGAGACACCUUGGACUUAAAAACAGGAAACAAACAUUGUAUUUUGUUAUAAAAGUGGAAUGCCCAUCUUGAAUUUACUGCAAUUCGAAUGGAGAGGUACAAUGGUCUAUUUAGACAGCAGACGGACCUCCUUUAAGAUGCUAUGAUGCUUGUUGAAUAAGAUCACUAUUAGGGAUAGUGAGUGAUUAUCAAUAGUUGUAUUGAUAUUGUACUGGUCAACAAAAUGCUCUGAUUGAGAAUGACCACGGCCUCUUCCCUUUGAUGAGGAUAGAGAGGCCUCAAUGGACAUUGGAUUAAAUUGCUAUGCAAUUGAACUGGUCUCUGCCUCCCUCUCUUUACAAAAUAAUAUUUAAAAUACAAGUUUGACUUUACAAGGAAAUGUGUUGUGAUUGGGGCAUUAUGUUUUCAGAUGAAGGCAGGGAUUCAUUCAAAACUACCACAGCAGUGUUUACACGGUGUCUAUAUACAUUUCAUUCUGAACGGAAUGUGUGUGUGGGUGGUUGGUAGUAGUUGGAGGUUUUUUAUACAGUGUUUGGCUAUCAGUUUAUUUUACUCUUUGAAAAGAACACAGUGUAAAUGCUGCAAUGUGUGUUUGAAUUGAGCCCUUAAUAAUAAAGGAUUUGUAUUGUAAUCUGAAA